CCCUGUAAAUCCGCCCAACCUGGGUAGAAAACAAGAUAACAAAUUCGGCCGCGGCGCCCGCCGCCUCCGCUCCGCGCGAUAUGAAGCGCGCCCGCGCAAACCAACCCGCCUUUACACUCCCCCGCGCGGGAAACGUGAAGCUAAUCCGACUCCACCUCCCGCUGCACUACUCCUUCCUCCCAGCUCCCCAAACCCAAAACCUAGCGCCGAUCCUCCCGAGAUUCCCCAUUUGAUUUCGCGUACCCAUGGGCGGAUCCGCCGAUCCCGAGGCGCCGUCGCCGUCGCCGUCCCCGUCCCCGUCUCCGGUGAAGCCGUCGCCGCCGUCGGCUGACGGGAAGCGGGCGAGGCGGUGCGUGCAGUCGAAGCUGUCGUGGGGGCUGGUCAAACCGGCCGGCGGCGGCGAAGGAGGAGGGGUAGGAGGUGCUGGCAGCGGCGGAGCUGGAGUGGCAGCCCGAGGAGGGGAAGCGGAGGCUGUUCCUCCUGUACCUGCGGCUGAGGAGGCGGCGGUGGAGGAGGUUAGGGAGGAACCAGAGAAGGGGAAGAAGAAGAGAAAGCCGCGGAAGUCAGAGCCCAGCAGGAAGCCCUCUUCAAAAGGAGAGAAAACUGGCCAGGAUCCUGCCAAGGAUGAAGUCAUUUCGGUUGAUGAAAGCCCUCAGAAAAAGCAAAGGAAAGGCAGAAAGCAAGUUGCGGCAUUGAAAGUGCCUAAUGCUAAUAGAAAGCGCUGCAAGGCAUUGGAGUCACCUGAUGGUCCUGGUAGCUGUCAGCAAUUACAUAUUAGCCAGAUUGAAGCCGGUUCGCCUGAAGCAGCACAAGUAUUGAUUGACGUUGAUUUGAUGAGUACGCCAUCUAAAGCAGGACAUGUUAAUGAUAAUGUGGAUGUGCUAGCCAGUCAAGAUAAAUCACCAUUGGUAGUUGACCUAAGAUCAGAGGCUAAGAUGGCUGCAGAGGAAAAUCGAAGGUUAUCUUCUGGAAAGAAAAUGCACCCUUUCUUUGCUUCUCGGAAAAUGAACAAAGGUGCUAGCCAAGAUCAUGAUGUUAUCAAUAUUGAAGAUGUGCAUGGAGUUUGUGAUUUUGAGAGGGAUCCACCAUUUUAUCCUAUUCAUGUUGUAUAUCAAUUGGAGGCCAGUAUGCUAAUUCACUGGAGUAAUUGGAUAAUCACUGAUCUGUCUUCCCUUGACACUGAUGCUGUGGCUCCUCAAAAAUCUGUGUCAUUCUUUGAGGGCUUGGUUAAACCACUAACAAUAGAAACUACUUGCAAGAGGCAUUCCAAUCAGUUGGCAGAGCCGAUUCUUUCUGAGUGUACAACUUCUGGAAUGGCUUUCCCUAGUUUCUCUGACAAGCAAAGUGAACACAGCUGUCCUUUGGAUGUGAUCAAUGUGGACAACUACUUGGUGUCCAAUGCCAGUUGCCAAGCUUCUCUUCUUGAUCUGCAUGGAUGGCCAGAAGUUCCUCAGAAUGGUUGUGAGCCUGCCUGUUACCUAUGGACCGACAAGUACCGACCUGAAACUGCAGCCCAGGUAUGCGGAAAUAGUGAACAUGUAAAGUUUCUCGCUGAAUGGCUCAGAGGUUGGGAUGAAAGAGGCCACAAGAUUGGAGCUGCUAAUGGGGACACAAAUGAUAGCUCGUAUCAAGAUGAAUCUGAUGCAGAUUCUUCAGACAAUGCUUCUGAUUGUGAAAAUGUGCUUCUCAUCACUGGACCAGUUGGGUGUGGAAAAUCAGCUGCAGUUUUUGCGUGUGCCAGAGAACAAGGAUUCAAUGUAAUAGAGGUAAAUACAUCUGACAUGAGAAAUGGGGCUUAUGUAAGGCAGAAGUUCGAGGAAGCAACUAAAUCACAUGGCCUUGAAAAAUGGUCACAGGAGGAGGUCAUAGAUCCACUGAGGGAUGAAGAUUCCUCGGAUCCAGAUUCAGGAACUCCUGAUAGGACUGAAUAUCAAAAUUCAGCGUCCCGUGCUACAAGAGUAGUGAUCGACUGUGAUCAACAGAAAUCACCUGUAGGAUACUGCUCAGGCUCCAAGGUCAAUGAUGAAGCUCCUAAACAAGUCGUCAACAAGACACUCAUCCUAUUUGAGGAUGUGGAUACUGUCUUUGAUGAGGAUCGUGGGUUUAUUUCAACCAUACUUAAGAUGGCAGAGACGACAAAAUGGCCGAUCAUACUGACUAGCAACAGGAAGGAUCCAUCUUUGCCUAAUCUCUUGGAUCAGCUUGCUUUGGAUUUCAAAUACCCAUCGAACUCAGAGCUACUUUCACAUGUUGCCAUGAUCUGUAAAUCUGAGGGAGUGGAUGUCACCGUUCCUCAGUUAAAGCAUGUAAUUGAUAUUUGUUUAGGUGACAUUAGGAGGACGGUUAUGCUUCUGCAGUUUUGGCACCAAGGAAAGCAGCAAUCCACAGAAAGGCCAAAUGAAUGUUUAUGUGGUCCUUUCUCACUUGAUUUGGACGCGGUACAUUCUACUGUACCAAAAAUGCUGCCAUGGGAGUUCCCUUGUAAAUUAUCAGAAACAGUAUAUAUGGAGGUAGACAAAACUAUCCUUGUGGCUGAAGAAAAGAAAAAACAGAUGGAAGUAUCGUAUCUUGAAGGUCUGCAGUUACAAGUAACAGCGCCUUUGAUCAAAGGAAGAAGCACAGCUAAAACAAGAAAGGCUAAGAAAUCCAAGUUGAAGUGUGGCCACUCGGCUGAGCAUAAUGAUAUUUCACCUUGUAAGAAUGACCUUGAUGAUUUCCAUGAUCUUCCAGAUAUCCCUCUUCCAUCUGAUCAACAACGAAAAAGAAAUAGGUGUGGCUCUCUGCUACUAUCAGAGUCUGACGAUGAUCCAGCUGAUGUACAUACUGAAAAACAUGACAUAUUUACUGUUACUGAAGUUGGUUUCUUCCCACAACCUUCAGAGGCGCCUCAUAUGCAUAGUCAAGGGGUUCCCAAUCAAUUCAUUUUUCCCAUUGAAUCAAGGGAGACCUUUGGAAUGGCCGAUUCUUUCAAAAACCCACCUGAAAGCAACAUGUCUGGGUCCAUUUCACAAGUUUGUGAUACAUUUAUGUCACAGGGUGUGUCAUGUGUGCCUGAGUCAUCCUUCAUUGUGGAGGGCACAUCUGCAUCCAUAAGUGAUGAUGAUUUUUUGUCAAGGGCAGUGUCCAAUGAUUUGUCUACCUUUCAUGAUAGUGGUACAUACACUGCAUUCCGAACUGUACUAGAAGACAAUGAUAAUGCAAAGAAUGCAAUGGCUGAACAACAGAAAGAUGUGGAAGAUGUAAUUGGUGAGACAAGUGAGGCUUAUGUGGAAUCAUUUGGCAGAAAUGAACAGGCAAGCUGUUCAACUGCUGGGUUUCAAUUGAUGGAUGAAUGUAGUCGUGCUGAAAGUAUCUGGCUGCUCUCCGGCAAAAAAUCUAAUGACUCCUGCAAGGUUGAACAAGUCCAGGAUACUUGGAACAGGCUACGAAGUUGCUGUCCUGAACUUUCCUGUGAGGCUAAUCAUAAUAAAGCAGCUUCUGGAGCUUUGAAGCUUGCUUCUGGAGUGUCUGAUUUAAUAUCAGAAUUGGAUCUUAUGCUUUCUCGUUGCUACCCUCUUACUAAGGAUAUGUUGGAUCCACCUUCAACUCCUUGUGCUGAGCCAGAUGACUUUUCCUGUUACAGCAAUCAGGUUGAGAUGGGAUCUAUUUAUGCACAGCAUGCUCUUUGCAUUUUCUCAAGGAAGUCCCAAGAUAUAGAUGGUGGUUCUCUUGAUUUGUCACAAGAGUUGUUGCUUGCCAGUACAGCUGCUGUAUCUCUUGGGAAAAUUAUUAGUUCAGGACUUACGAAGAAUUGUGGAUCUGCUAACGUUUCUCAUAUAAAAAAUCCGACUAAUUGUAUUUCUAAAAGAAGGGAACGGCAGGUUCUUCUUUGUGGAACCCUUUCUCCAGUUAUUCCUCCAAAGCUGUUGCAGUCGCUGAGAGGCCCUGCUUUUGUUGAUUAUGUGUCUUCAAUCGGUCAGAUUUCCCGAUUAGAAAAUUUGCGACUUUCUGAAAAUAAAGGCAUAAACAAGCAAAGAAGGGCUCGUCAGUCAAGACAUUACUUGAGCUCCGGCACACUUCUGUUGUCACCUGAGGAUGUUGUAUUAUUAGCAGAAAGCGGCUGUUUCGGUUGCAGGCGCGAGAAGGUUAUAGAGCAAGCACCAUACAUAGCUGAUGAUUUAAGCUGGGCACAGAACCCGCAUGUCAAGAUAUGAAAAGGAAGAACACAUUCCUGAGUGGUGGACACUUGUCAAAGACUGAUGUUUGGAAAGACCGGAAGAGGCAGGCCAGCUGUGGCCUGGGGCGGCAAAAAGGACACGAAGGCUGGUGAAUGAAACUACACACAUCGUUAACAUGGAAUUGAUGGGGGCAUCAGAAAUGAGGUCAUGAAGAACUUGAUCUGCAGGCUUGGUAUGUGCAAAGGAUCGUUUCAAAUUUUUUUCCCUCUUGCACAGUCGAGGUAUAUGAAUUCAACUAAAUUCUCCACGGAGAAGAGGUCUCUCAACAGUUUGACAGAGGCCCGUGAUGCAGACUGAAGUCCAAGCGGAUGGGGGCGGCUGCUUCAGGUUCAGUGCUUCACCAGGUCGGGUCGUCGUCUCGUCGUGGCGGUCGGUUACGUGGCGCAGAGAUACGAGAAAAGCCGCGAGGGACACAGCGACCCGCUGGAGCCGCGUGAAGCCCCCGUCCGUUUGCGUCCACACCUCUCCUCCUAUUUAGGCCUCUUUUUCGAGCCAACUGGUAGCUCAUCGAGCCAACUGCUAGCUUAUAGCAAUUAAAAAAUACUCUCUCCAUUUUUUUAAUAGUCUUUUUUCAUUUUAAUACAAUGAUAAAAAAUAUUUUGCUUAUCA